UGCAGUUUUGCCGGCGAGGAAGUGCAUUAUUGAAUCCCAAAUCGAGCUACGUGUGCAUGAAGCACUUUUCUAGUGAAGAUAUAGAAAACAAUCGACAGUUCGAAAUGGGAUUUGCAAAAAAACGCCUUUUAAAGCGUGGUGCUGUGCCCAGCAUUUACCCAGAGGAUGGGGAAACCUCCCAGCGUGCCGAAAGUGUUCAGCGCGAGGAGUACAAACAAAUUGUCAGCGAGUUACUUCAGCAGAGUGAACCUGUCGCAGUCAAUGAAGUUGUUAUAGCCGAGGCGAAUAACAGUGCCAACGUUGUUCCGAUUGACGAAAAUGUGGAGAAUAAGGAAAAUAGCCUAGUGGAUGCAAAUCUUUCCGAAAUCCCCGCGACUUCAACACCUCGCAAAGUCUUCUACUACGACAGCAGUUUGGAAGAAGUUGAGGAGCUGGAAGCUCAACUAAAAAGACUUAAGCGAGAAAACAAGACUCUGUUAAUGAAUAACAAAAAGAAGGACAUGGAACUGGCGGCACUCCAGCAAAAGUACGGUAAUGAGAAAAAGAAGCAUGACUAUGAGGUGGAACAGCUGAAAAAACGCUUGGAUGAAUACGAAGAUAUGUGUAAAAACAUGGAGAGCAAACUGUAUAAUAUCGCAAAAUGUCUUGUUAUAAAUUGCAUCGGGUAACA